CAGGAUGUAACUCUGAGACGUAAUCCCUACCUAGUGACAAGAAAAAGAAGUUACAAACAUAAUCGAACAAGAGCUUAUUAGUCUGCAUUUCGUUCUUUCAGAUUUUUGUUCAAGAAAUCUAAACAGCUUCAAACUAGAAGACUAGGUUCUACUUCGUAAACACAGAUCUCGAAUGGCAUUCUUUUUGCUCAUUUUAUUCGAAGUAUAGUUUGUUCUGAAAGUAUUCAAGUAUUUUGUUUUGUUUGUCUUGUCGAUAUUUUCCACUUGGCCUUGAAAUGUGACAAGUUUUUAAAAACUGCAAUUAGAUUUCAAUAUCUGUUGUGGACUGAAAUAUUAUUUUGUAUUUAGACCUUCUAAUACACACGAUACCGUUAAUUAUAUUCUUCACUUUGCAAAAGUCAUAGUUCCUCAUCUUUAAUUGAAAAUUCAGUAAUUGAUAUUCGUUAUUAUUACGAAAAGAUUUUCAUAAUGUAAGAUACAUUUAUUUGACUUACUUUCGAACCCAUCAAAGUGCCUUACCUUGGAUUAUGCCUGAAAGAUGUCUUUCAAUGACUUGAGUUCACUCAGGAAUUUUUUACUUGAACUGUGAAUGAUAGAACUGGACGCUUCCCCAAAGAAGGGUCGAUGGGAGGAGGUGACCAGUUUAUUACCUUCUUCCAAGUGCACUAUUGGUAACAAACCCUUUGAGAUGAAUAAAGCCAGUGGAGUGCUUUGCAUUGAUAUUGAAAAUUUAGGUUCAUUCGGAGGAAACCAACAGUCAAAUUAUCUUAGUCCGUUACAACCACAUUAUAGUAUAACGUUCAAAGACUAUCCUUCCGAAUACGGAGCACUACCUCAGGCCGAUUGUGCAGCAUCAAAUGUUGAAUUUCUUUCAUACCCUCAUUCCAUGGCCGAUUCACAAGGCAAUCGUGACGAACUCAGCACUCCAAUAACAAUAACUGGAUUUGAUAAUUCUUCUGGCAUAAGCGCGGAUUCCUAUUUAUCUAAUCAAUUCAAUGAUAUUUCACAACAAUUACCUGGUCAUAAUCCUUUCUAUGCAUUUGAACAAUCAAAUUUGGUAAUUCCCAAUCCACUUCAUUCACAUCCUCAUCCAUCUCAUCAUCUUCAUCAUCAUCAUCAUCAUCAUCAUCAUGAACAUCAGCAUUAUGGUAUGGAUCAAUCAACAGAUCAACUGCACAAUUCUAAUAAUGAUAAUAUAAUUCCUAAUGAAAUUUCAACUAAUCCAAUUCCUCAAGGUGAUUAUAUAUUAACACAACAACAAAAAAAUGAAUUAUAUUCAUCAAUAUUUUCAGAAUCGAAUUAUUUUCUAUCAAAUACCACGGUAAAUAAUUUAUCAAAUGUACAAUAUUCCAAUUCAAAAUGUAUUCAACAGCAUAUACCUGAAUCAUAUCAAUCAGUGAUAUGGUUAAAUCAAGAACAUUCACAAAUACAAUUACAAGAACAUUUACAUUAUACAUCGGAUGAAAUAAUUACAACACAUAAUCAUAAUAAUAAUUAUCCAUUAAUAAUUAAUAAUGAGAAUAAUGAGAACAUGAAUAAAAAUUGUAAUGAAUUAUCAAAUAUUAAAGUAAAUAAUACAGAAAUGGAUAAUAUUUUACCUGUUCCAACUGAGACUGUGUCAACCACCAUGACUGAUGGUGAAAAUAUUCAUGUUCAGGACAGUGAUAAUGAUGUUAUCAUGAUGCGACCUUUAGUUGAACAGUCAAAUCAUUUUGAAACGUCUGAACAUUUAUCUGGGAAUACUGUGAUAUCAAAUGAUUUAAUUGAUAAUAUCUACUGUAAUAAUAAUAACAAUAAUAAUAAUAAUGAGACUACUGUUACUUCUGCCAAUAAUAAUAAUCAUCAUCAUUAUGAUACAAAUAUAAUUCCAUUACAAAUUUAUCCUACAAUAUUUCAACCAAAUUAUUCACCGGCUACAUCAUCAUCAUUAUCUUCAUCGUCGUCCUCUUGUUCAUCUUCUUCAUUUUCAUCAUUAUCAUCAUUGUCAUCUUCAAUGGUUUUAUGCACAGAAACAUUAACAAUAACUCCAGCAACAGCAAAAUCAUCAUUAGUAACAACAACCACAACAAACAUUUCACCUUCAUCUUCAUAUUAUACAAAUCAAGAUUAUAAAUUGACUGGUUUGAAUUUUCACCAACAACAUUUAAAAUCGAACAAUCAUACUGAUUGUAAUAACACUCUGGUUACUAAUAAUGUUAAUAGUAAUAAUAAUAAUAGCAAUAAUCAUUCUAAUGAAAAAAAGUGUAAAGUGUGCGGUGAUCGAGCUGUAAAUCAUAAUUUUGGUCAAUUAACUUGUGAAUCAUGUAAAGCAUUUUUUAGACGUAAUGCCCACAAAGGUCUAUCCACUUUGAUGGUAACUCGCAUGCUUCGUACAAAUGAUACAUCAUCAUUGAUAUAUGAACCGAAUCGUACAGCACAUAUAAAAUCAAGAGGUCUUGUGGAAUUAACAUGUACAGCGAAAUCCGGAGAACAUGUAAUCACACCAACUACUCGUCGUGAAUGUCCAUCGUGUAGAUUAAAACAAUGUUUUCGAGUUGGUAUGAGACCAGACCUUAUACAAGUUCGUAAAAAAGACGGAAGUAAACCACGAUGGUUGGAUAAAGUUCCACGUGCAGCUAUUGUUCAUGAACAACAUUUACAAUCUUCUGAAGCAUUACAAUGGUCAACAAAUAUUAAUAGUACUACGUUUCACAAUAAUAAUCACAGUGAUAAUAAUAACAGUAAUAGUAAUAGUAAUGGUAAUAGUACAAUUAAUAAUUCUAAUCAUCGCAUAAAAUACCGCUUAAAUCCUGAUAAAUUUUCUAAAAAUAAAACGAAAGAAUUGAAGCCUCAUCUAACUGAACAUCAACCUAUAGAUAUCAACAAUAAUAAUAAUAAUAGUAAUCGUAAUAAUAAUAAUAAUAACAAUAAAGAAAACAAUAUAAGCUGUAUGGAAAAAUCGAUUAAUUUGAAAAGAUUCAACAUUAACUCGAAUGAUUCGGUAGAAAUCCUGUCAGAUCCUUCAUAUCCUUCAAUCCUUGCUCCUCAUCAGCAACAUCAUUAUCAUCAUCAUUCAACUUCUAUUUCACCUCGUUCCCAUCAUCAUCAUCAUCAUCAACAGCGUCAACAAUAUGUAAAAGAAGAAGAAGUGACUAAUGAUGACCGAUUAAAUGAUUAUAUUAUAUGCGUAACAUCAAGUCCGUCAUUGAAUACAUCAAAUAUUUUAAAUAAUGUUCAUUAUUCAAUUACUUCAAAUAAUCUUGAUAAAGACUUAAUUAUAAAUUCAGUAGCCACUGAAAUAAUUACUGAUAACAAUACUAAUAGUAGUACAAGUGAUAGGACAAGUCCUAGAAUAACAACUACCAUAGCAACUAAUUAUUUUCCAGCUGAUACAGUUUUUCAUUUCAAUAGUUUAAUCAUUCCGAAUUCAUGUCAAAAUAAUAAAUACGGUGAUAUCAAUUUAACUGAUUGGAAUACAUCAUCGGAAAAUGGUGACAAUAAUGAAACUACUAUAAAUAAUGUCAACUGUAUUACGUCCUCACCAUUAUUAUCAUCAUCGUCUCUUAUCAUACCAUCUACAACGACGUUGACAGAAGCGACAGUAGAGAUGGUAAAAGUAACUUCUGGUAGUACUGUUACAAAUACCAAGAAAACAACGAUAGCAAAUACAAGAAUUAAUAAUAAUAAUGAUGAUAAGCAACCUUCAUUGAAUUUACUUUACACAGAACAUCAACAACAUCAUCAUCAUCACCAAAAUGUGGACUUCAGCACUUUGAAUGAUAUCAAUCACUUAGAUGACCUCAUUCUAUUAACUGAUUCUACUGAAUUGAUUGAACAACAAGAAAGUACAAAUCAAUUAAAACCACCUUCGAAAAUUCUAUCACCAUCAGCUUUUACACUACCACAACCACCACCACCAACAACAACAACAACACCACCACCACCAAUGACAACAACAACAUCUUUAACCUCGGCAAUAAUAUUACAUAAUAAUUUAUCUAAAAAUAAUUUAAUGUGCAAUUUUAUGAAUGAUCAUUCAAUUGUUUCACCCUGUAUAACAUCUAGCUUAAUGUAUUCAACUGAUACAUUAAUUAUACCUAAUAUACCGAAUAUACCAAAUAGUUUGACAGAAAUGUGUAAACAUUCAAAUGUUACACCAUUAUGGAGUACUUCAUCAAUAGAUGAACAAUUCACAAUACCGAUAAUCACUACACAACAAAAUGAAUCUUUGUUAUCAACUUAUUCAACAAAUAGUAAUCAUAAUAAUAAUUCAGUCGAUCAAUCUUUAGAAUGUAUUUCAAUAAAUAGUCAUGAUAAAUUAUCAUUUGAUUUAUCACUAAAAACUACAAUGAAUUCAUUGUCAAGUGAACUGUCUCCAUUAUUACCAACUUCUUCUGUUUCCUUGUUCUCUUCUUCGUCUUCUUCUUUGUCGUCGUCGUCAUCAUCAUCGUCGUCUAUUUCAAUUAGAUGCAAUGAACUACAAUUAGAUGUGAAUUCUAUUAAAUCUUUACAAUUUGAACAAAACAGUAAUAACAAUAAUAAUUACACGAAUACUAAUUACAUCUUACCGGUUGAUUUAAAUAAUAUACUAUUAUUGAAUGAAAGUAAAUUAUCAGAUGAUUAUCCAGUAAUAAGUAUUCCCGAUAGUGACAAUAAUAAUAAUAAUAAUAAUUCUUGGUCAAAUCUGAAUCAUCAUCAAUUGGAUUCAAAUAAACCAGAAUUACAAACAAAAUGUGAACAAAUUUUCACUGUUCUAAACAAAAAUGAUAAUGAAAUUGAUGGAAUGUCUGGUAUUUUCCAAAAUAAAAAUCAAUUAUAUAAUGAAAAUACCAUAACAAUUCCAAUAAAUUUAACUAAAGUAAAGAAAUCAUGGUCAAAUAUAUGGCAAAAUGGAUUCAUUCCAAAUCCUGAAAAAAUUGAUUUAAAUUUAGAUUACACUGAAUAUCCUACAUUGAAAUGGUGUCUUACAAUAGCUAAUAUAUGGAGUGAUUUAUUUCUACGUCGUAUUUCAGUAUUUGCAAUGUCAUUAUUAGGUGAUCUUAUACAAGAUAAUAAUAAUCAUGAUGAUAAAAUGGGAUCUUUGUCAAGUUGUCAUAACAACAAUAAUCAUGAACAUGAGGAUAAUAAUCAAAGCAUUAAUGAAUCUAAUAUAUACAUUUCAACAAAUGAAUAUUUUAAUGAUUGUAAUCAAAUUCAUGGAUUAUUUCAAAAUGAAAGAGAAAAUAAUAUAAAUCAUGUAUUGAAUGAUAUGAAUGAUCCAUAUUUAACAUGGGAUGAUAUGUUAUGGAUAGCAAAAAAUCGAUUUACAGAUUGUGUCCCCGUUUUAUUAAUUGGUUGUUCUUUGUUGGUUAAUAAAACUAUGAUACCAUCAUCAUCAUCAUCAGCAGCAGCAUCGUCAUCAUCAUCAACAUUAUUAUCAACCAAUUUUAAUCAAGAAACCCCAACAGAUUUAAAUCAUUCAAGUAACCAUUUUUCAAUUGGUAACAAUAAAUUCACUGAUGAUUUAGAAAAACUAUCAUUUCAGUGUUCAAUUAAUCAUCAUCAUCAUAAUAAUAAUAACAAAGAUGGGGAUCAUUGUUUAAUAUCCUCCUCCUCAUCAUCAUCAUCAUCGUCGUCGUGCUCGUCAUCAUCAUCAUCAACCAGAGUAACGACAUCAAAUAAGAAAUAUAAUACAAAAUUAAUAUAUUUUCAAACAGAACCUAAUUGUGUACAUGUUUUAGAUUUAACAAAAUUAAGUAAUGCUUUAGGAGAUUUAAGUACAGAAGACUCACUUAUCAAUACUACUACUAAUACUACUGAUAAUCACAAUAAUAAUAACAGUAGUAGUAAUGGCAAUAAUCAUAAUAAUAAUGGGAUAAUUCAUUCUAAAAUUGUAAAUCAUCAUCAUCAUCAUAAUAGUAAUAAACAAGUUGCUUAUCCAAUAUUAAAAUAUCUUGAUGCUUAUAUAUCUCAAUUAAGUAGUUUCUUAGCUCAUCAUCCAUUAUUAUUAAGUGCAUAUAUGGCAUUAAAAUUAACUGAUCCAAUAUUAAUAAAAAAUGAAGAAAUUUCUGAUCAAAUUAUAAAUGAUUCUCAUUUAAAUCAUAUACAAUAUGAAUGGAAUAUAAUUAAAAUUAAACGUAAUCAACGUUUACAACGUUUACAUGAACAUUUUUUAAAUUUAUUUCAUGAAGCAAUUGAUAUUGUUGCUAUGGAAACAACACAAUUGAAUAUUGAUUUACAAAUGAAUAAUCAUAAUCAAUAUAUCAAUAAUAAUAAUAAUACAUUUAUAUCACAAGAGAAAAUUGCUGCAAAUUCACGACGUAUUAUGUUAACAGAAUUUUUAGAAUGGAGUCGUGAAUUUGAUGCUACAUGGCAUCAUUUUCAAUAUGAUAUAUGGAAACAAGUUAGAAUGAAACAAACUAUAGAAUUAUUAUAUCAUAAUAAUGAAAAUUAUGAAUAUAAAAUAUCAAAAGGAUUAAAUGGAUUAUUUAAUAAACAAUUAAAAUUGAAUGAAAAUGAUUUAUUCAGUAUAUUAUGGGAUGCUAAAAAUGAACAAUCAUUCACUAUGUAGUAGCAUAUUGAUGUUAAUGAUGAUGCCGAUGAUGAUGAUGAUGAUAAUGAUGGUGAUGAUGAUGAUGCUGCUGCUGAUGAUGAUGAUGCUGAUGAUGGUGAUGAUAUGGUUGAAAUUUCGUGAUAUUCACUUCAUGUGAUCAUCAAAAUGUCUUCCAAAAUUGAUUUAUUUUCAUUUAAACAAAAAAAGAGAAUUCCUUAUCUUAAUCUACUCUAAUAUAAAACAAUAUUCUGCUGAAUAAUUGUGACGUUUGGAGAAUCAGAAAAGUAUACACUCACACACACACACACACACGCAUACACAUAUAUACCUACAGAGAGAGACAGAGGGAGAGAGAGAGAGAAAGACAUAGGAAGGAGACUAAAACUUGAGAAAGAAUCCCUUACAUAAUUGUACAGAUAAACAAUCUUAAUCAUAUAUGCUUGUAUAAUUUAGAAAAGAACAAAAAACUAAACAUGAUCCAAAUAAAGAUAUUCCUUCUUUUUUUUCUCUUCACAUUCACAUAUAUAGAUCACUGCAAAUACAGUAAAGACAUGUAAUAAUAAUAAUAAUAAUAAUAAUAAUAAUACGUUGCAAUUUACAAAUUCACUAUUUUCAGUACACAAACUAUUUAAACAAGAAUACAGAAAUCGUUUGUUUCUUAAAAAAAAAAAAAUUUUCUCCCGCCUUUUUUUCGUUUCUAUUUGUACUCACGUGUGCACGUACAUGCGCACACACAUACACACAUAUAUAUACUCACACUCACAUACAUACAAUCAUUAAAUAAUUCAUGAAUAGUAAUUGUAUGAUAUAGUGAAUUGUGUUCUUUCUAGCAAUUGCUCAAUGGAAACUAAUGUGUUUUGGCUUUGUUAAUAACUCUGUUUUCUUUUUCUUUUUCUUUUCUUCAGUAGUAUAUAUUGUAUUUACUUUAUAUUAAUAUUGAUCUGUCAUUGUUUGUUUGCAUUUUGUUUGAGUCAAAAGUCUUCUAUUUCUGUUUUUGUUUUCUUUCUUUUUCUUCUUUAAUACCUGGUUACCUGGUUAUUUCGAAUUUCUUUUUUUUUCUUUCCAAUAUGUAUUCCUUUAAAUAUUUUAGAUCUAUCAAAGUGCCUUCAAUACUUUGUCAGAUUAUCAUUUUCUUCUUUAUCUUCUUCUUGUUUUUUGCAUUUUAUUCUUAAGUUAUAACAAUACAGUGUUGUUUUUGUUUUGAUUAUAAUCAUUUCUUCUAUCUGUUUUCUUAAAUGGAUCUUUAUAUAAUAGAUAAAAAUAGUUACCAUGGCUACAAUCAUUUUAAGCGUGUCUCUAUUCAAACAUAAUGUACAUGCUUAAAAAAAGCCAAUAGUAUUCAAUUCAUUUAAUGUUAAUAAGAAAUUUCGAAUUACAUUAUUUGUAAUUCCAUAAAGAUGUUUGUCUAACUGGGGAUUGUUUUCUUUUUUUCGAGGAAAGUAACGAUUACAUAAUAUUUUUCUGAUAACAGUACUAAGUGCCCUUCUGAUUUUUCGGUUACUUCUAAUCGAUGAACAUAUUUCACGAUUUUGCAUUUGGUUUUCUUGGUUAUUUUGUUUUGAAUUAGCCAUCUAUUUAAGCACUACUGCAAUGAACAUUAAUAUUCUGAUGAGGAUGAUGAUAAUAUUAGCAGUAGUCAUAGUUAUACAGUAAUAUUGUACUGACUUUUAUUGUACUCAAAUCAAUAUCUUUGUGUUUUGUUGAUAAAUCUACGUUUUUUUUUUGUUUUUGUUUAUAUAUACAUACAAUAUUAGUAAGUUUUUGAAAUCCAAUCAACAAACAAUGUUCUAGGCAUCUUUAUUUUCUUUUGUUUUUCUUUUUCUUUUCUUUUCUUUCUUUUAUGUUUGUUCUUUUUCUUUUUUAAGAAAUCCUUCUUAUUGUAUACAAUUUUCUUGCCUUAUAUUCAAUAAUUCAUUUCAAUUGUUCCUUAUACUAACUAAAACUUCAUUAUUAUUAUUAUUGUAUAUGUAUCUUUAUUGUACUUCAACUUCAACAUUAUUCAAUUGAAAUUGAAUUCAUUGAACAAGUUACAAAACAAAGAAAGAAAGAAAAAAAGAAAAAAAACCAAUUUUUUUCUUCUUCUACUUUUUUUUUUCAUUCUGGUUUAUAGUUUGUAUUGUUCAGUUCAUUUCAACUAUGCGACAUUUAAAUUUUAAAGUCGCGCCAGUUGAUUUUUCAACAAAAAAAAGAAGAAGAGGAAAGAAAAUUAUUUGUAUAAAUCAAUGGAAGGAAAGAAAUAAGAAAAAAAAAGAAAUAGAAUUUUAAUUAAUAAAAAUAAACGUUUGUUAUAAAUUGGAAUGUUGCUUUUUUUUUCUUCUUAAAUCGAAUUGCUACGUAGGUAUGAUAAAAAGUAAGCUAACCAACUUGUUCAUUAGUCAACCAGAUAGAUAGAUAGACAGAUAGAUAGAUGUGUGGACAGAUAGACAGUCAUGACUGUCUGAUACCGGUUGAAGUUUUGUUGAGACUUUAGGUCCCGACCGUUGUUGCUACCUUGACGUGGUAGUCCAGCUUGCCUAUCGUGAUCAAGCAACUGAGCUAUACUGGCCGAAACAACUGUUCCUCAAGGUCCUACCAUGUUAGACAGGUCGGUUGAAGAGCGGUAAGACUAAAAACAGCAAACCCAAGGUCCGAAGGCGAAUUCGUACUGCUGACUGUACAGAGGUGUGACAGCAGUAAGGUGUUUCCUUCAGACGACCAGCAUGACAGCGAUGCUGCCUUCCCACAAGGAGGGGUGGGAUUAGAAAAGGUCGACACUAAAAAUGCACACCUCGCCUUAUCCCACAGAUAUCCGUCUCCAACGGUAAGGUCUCAAAAAGUACGGAGCUAACACGAAAAUUACCCAUAAAAAGUCGUGUGCGACCGAUUUCAAGCAGUUGUCCCUUGGGCACUGUGGUCACGCUCUCAGGUCACUAAUCCAAUUUCCUCUUCAGGCACCUCCCGAAGAACCCUCCCACGGU